AUGUCCGUCCCUCCCCCUGUGUGUCGGCUGUGUUUUUAUCAUGUUUUAUCCACGCUGCGUUGAAGAGAGUCUGUGAUCACAGGAACUCCCUUUUACUUUGAAUAACAUAUUGUUUUGUUGAACUCUCUAUAUUUGUCGAUACUUCAUGUAAAACGCGGGUCAGAGUUGUUAACUGCUUCUUGGUGCUUCGGAGGAUUAACAUUACCUGAAGGUGGCUGAGCUAGCUAAUAAUAUCACUGUCAGUUACAAGUUUGACUUGCCUAGUUCUGGACACAUUUUUGCACUCUGGAAACUGUUACAGAAAUGCAAGUCAUGGACAUAUUCGUGUCUGCUCCAGGGAAGGCGAUCCUCCAUGGAGAGCAUGCGGUUGUGCACGGAAAGGUAACCUGAAGUACAGCUAACCGAGGUGGCUCUUGCUGUGAGUUUGAACCUGAGAACAUACUUACAUUUGAAAGGCACCACAACUGGCAAUGUUUCCAUCAACCUCCCAAAUAUUGACACAUUCCUCUGCUAUGACCUUUCUGAACUGAAGCAGCUUAUUCCAAAUUCCUGUGGUAAGAUGGAGGAGGUGAAACGUCUGGAUGCUGAACUUGUGAGGAGACUGCGUGAAUUUAUUGGUGUCACCAAUGGAAACUUGGAUACUUGCAACAUGGCCACCCUAUCAUUCCUCUACAUCUACCUCUCACUGUUUGGAUCAAGCGAGCUGCCCAGCUUGACGGUGUCUGUGUGGUCAGAGCUGCCAACUGCAGCCGGCCUCGGGUCAAGUGCUGCCUACUCUGUGUGUUUGGCAGCAGCUCUGCUCUGUGCUAGUGGAGCCAUCCCCGCCCCCCUCAAAGAGGGGGAUCACACUGCCAGGUGGUGUCAGCAGGACCUGGAGCGGAUCAACAGCUGGGCUUUCCAGGGGGAGAUGAUCAUCCAUGGUAAUCCUUCAGGAGUAGACAACGCUGUAGGAACCUGGGGUGGCAUGCUGAGAUUCUUGGCCGGGAAGAUAAUACCACUGAGCAGGGUGCCGUUAUUAAGAAUCCUCCUCACUAACACCAAAGUACCACGUAGCACCAAGGUACUGGUUGCCAGGGUGAAGGACAAGAUUAACAAGUUUCCCACCGUCAUGACCCCGGUGCUCGACUCAGUAGAUGCCCUUUCCUGCACUUGUGAGAAAGUCCUCUCAGAGAUGACCUGCGAGCCCAUCACUGGAGAGCACUAUAAUAUUCUAGAGGAGCUCAUUGACAUUAACCAGCACCAUCUGAAUGUGAUGGGCGUGGGGCACCCUUCCCUGGACACACUGUGCCGGGUCACAUUGGCCAAAGGGCUCCACAGCAAGCUAACCGGCGCAGGGGGGGGAGGCUGCGGCAUCACCCUUCUGAGACCAGAAACGGACUCCUCGGUUGUCCAGACGACAGUGCAGGACUUGAAAGACUGCGGCUUUGACUGCUGGGAAACGAGUAUCGGAGGGCUGGGUGUGCAGCAGCACUCUCCUCUCUCUGUCAAGGAGGAAGUUCUGGACAUUUUAAACAGUUACUGAGACUGUGGCUGAACAAGAGGACCGUUUUGUCUUUUUUGGUGCGUUUACCUCAAGUCCUGAGGUACGCUCAGCACAUGAAGUGAGCCCAGGGGACCAAAGAACAUGUCACACUGAGUGGGGCUGGACUGAGUUUCCCGAAUCUUCCUGAAAAACGAUACAAUCUACUGUGUCUCUAACAAAUUACUGACUUAACGGUACAAUUAUAUGUGUUGAGCACUUUGUCCACAAGAUGGCGUUGGAGUUGCACAAAUGCUUUCUUUAAAACAAGAUUUAUGAUAAAUUGAUUAAUGUGUAAGUGAAGGAACUGACAAGAUUAAUGUAUAGUUUAAUCCAAAUGUUAAACAGAGUAGGGCCAACAUCCCUUAAUGUAUUCGAUGACCGUCGGUCAUUAAUUGCUGACACAUGUUGUUGCUAGAAUGAAAGUGUUCAUUUUACUGUUGCUUAAAUGAUGACGGAGUAAAAGUCUGAUUUUAAUAGUUUUUUUUAUUCUUUGACAAAAACCCAAUUAUUAUUCAGUUUUUAAUCUUUAGUCUUCACAGUUCUACAAAGAGGUUGAUCAAAGUGCUUUGAUAUUUCUCUGCAUCAUAAACAAUGUUGGUGAGACCAGGAAAUAAAAAUUAUUUUCAUAUUUCAUAUUUAUAAAGAUGUAUAAGGCUUUGAAUCUACACGCAACCCAGUGUUUUUAUUUUCCCUCUACUUUUAACAUACAAUUGUUUGAAUGCAAAAUAAUGUUUAAACCAAAUGCUUUUCUGUGCUUUAUUCAUUUUAAAUCUCAAACAAUAAAUAGAUGAAUAUCUGUUACA